AUGAACCAGCUCUUCUCGGAACCAGUUGGAGAGGACUGGAAGAAGAUGGAGGAGCCUGUUCCAGGCUCUCCGGAGUUGGGUGUUGAGCGUAUUCAGAGACCAGAAAGAGAUCUAGUCUCGCUGGUGCCUGGUGAGCAAGGUUGCCAGUGGUAUCAAAUGAGUCAAGGAGGAGGGCUGGUCCAGACUGUAGAUUUAAGUACAGUGGGAACCCACCAGGGAAUUAAAUGGAAAUUUGUAAUUGUGGAUAGAAAUUUUGGAGUAGGUUUUGAGAGUAAUGGGCUUGAGAUAUAUUGUUUUGUGUUUGCUUUGGGAUACCUCACAGUGUGCCAAAUUACUAGAGUCUAUAUCUUUGAUUAUGGACAAUAUUCUGCUGAUUUUUCAGGCCCAAUGAUGAUAAUUACCCAGAAGGUCACUAGUUUGGCUUAUGAAAUUCAUGAUGGGAUGUUUCGAAAGGAUGAAGAACUGACUCCAUCACAGAGAGGUUUAGCUGUAAGGCGCAUGCCAAGCCUACUGGAGUAUUUAAGUUACAACUGUAACUUCAUGGGUAUCCUGGCAGGCCCACUCUGCUCUUACAAAGACUACAUUACUUUCAUUGAAGGCAGAUCAUACCAUAUGACAAAAUCAGGAGAAAAUGGAAGAGAAGAAAUACAGUAUGAAAGAACAGAGCCGUCUCCAAAUAUCGCAGUCAUUCAGAAGCUCUUAGUCUGUGGACUUUCCUUAUUAUUUCACUUGACCAUCUCUAACGCAUUAUCUGUGGAGAAUAACAUCGAUGAGCAUUUUCAAGCUACAGCUUCAUGGCCGACAAAGGUUGUCUAUCUGUAUGUCUCUCUUUUGGCUGCCAGACCCAAAUACUAUUUUGCAUGGACAUUGGCUGAUGCUAUUAAUAAUGCUGCAGGCUUUGGUUUCAGAGGAUAUGACAAAAAUGGAGCAGCUCGUUGGGACUUAAUUUCCAAUUUGAGAAUUCAGCAAAUAGAGAUGUCAACAAGUUUCAAGAUGUUUCUUGAUAAUUGGAAUAUUCAGACAGCUCUUUGGCUCAAAAGGGUGUGUUAUGAACGAGUCUCCUGGAGUCCAACUAUCCAGACAUUCAUUCUCUCUGCCAUUUGGCAUGGGGUAUACCCAGGAUAUUAUCUGACAUUCCUAACAGGAGUGCUGAUGACUUUAGCAGCGCGAGCUAUGAGAAGUAACUUCAGACAUUAUUUCAUCGAACCUCCCCAACUUAAAUUAUUCUAUGAUGUUUUAACAUGGAUAGUAACUCAAAUAGCAAUAAGUUACACAGUUGUGCCAUUUGUACUUCUUUCUAUAAAACCAUCAUUCAUGUUUUACAGCUCCUGGUAUUACUGCCUUCACAUUGUUGGUAUCUUAGUAUUAUUGUUGUUGCCAGUGAAAAAAACUCAAAGAAGAAAGAAUACGCAUGAAGAUGUUUGGCUGUCACGAUCCAAAAAGUUUGAUGAAGGAGAAAAUUCUUUGGGACAGAAUAGUUUUUCCACAACAAACAAUGUUUGCAAUCAGAAUCAAGAAAUAGCCUCCAGACAUUCAUCAUGAAAACAACAAUGCGGAAACACUUUGAUGGCUAUUUUUUGUAUGUUAACAGAAACCAAUCUUAGCACCUUUUCAAGGGGUUUGUGUUUGUUUGAAAAGAGAUUUAUUUGGGGAAACGGACAGUUGUAGAUAGGGAAUUUCCUGUAUACAGAGGGGAAAUGGAGUGAAAGAACCCCUCCCAUGCCAUGUCCCUGUGGGCCACGCCUUAUAUAAAGUAUUUCCAUUAUUUCAGUGGGCACUCAGGACCUCAGCAUAUGUCCAUAGGAUCAUAUGUGUGCCCUGUUGCUGAAUGUAUGUUGCAUAUCCCAAGGCGCUGAAGAGGUGGAAAAAUAGUUGUCAGUCUGGGUGAUUGAGAGAAAUUAAUUUUUCCAAAUGAGUGUCUUGCCUUAAACCCUCUAUUUCCUAAAAUAUUGUUCCUAAAUGGUAUUUUCAAGUAUAAUAUUGUGAGAACACUAUUUCAGUAUUUGAUAUUGUGUGCUAUAAAGGAAUUCUGGAGGAAUUUGAAACAGGAUAUUUAAGAUUGUGGAUAGUUUAAAAAUGCAAUAAACAUCUCAGUAUUGGAAGGGUUUUCUUAAAGUAUGUCAAAUGACUACAGUACGUAGUGAAACUGUAAACAGUAAUGGAUGCCAAAUUAUAGGUAGCUUAUUUUCUUGGAGAGGUUAAUUACCUUGUGUCAGUCAGAGAACCCUUCAAGGAAGAAUUUCUUAAACAUAAUUAAAGGUUGGCAGUUGGAUAUUUUAAGCUUAUUUUCUUAAAAAGA